AUGGCAGUGUCAGAGCAGGACUUGUCUUGUCCGAUCUGUUAUAAUGUCUUCAGAGAUCCAGUGCUCCUGUCCUGCACCCACAGCUUCUGCAGAGAGUGUUUGAAGACCUGGUGGGAAGAGACGCCCUUAAGGAAUUGUCCAAUCUGCAAGAGAAGUUCAUGCAGCGGAGAUCCACCAUUGAACCGGGCCUUGUCAAAUUUAGACUCGGAUGCUCACAAAAACCACAUCUUCAAACCCAUCGACGAGGUGACACCCGGCUUCAGGAAUCAGCUAGAGGACGUUCUCCAGCGUCUGGCCGAACAGCUGCAGGACGUGAAUAAAAGCAAAAUUGAGUUUUCUGCUGCUGCGACUCACGUUGAAGCCCAGGCUCGGCUAACAGAGAGGCAGAUUCAGGAUCAGUUUAAGAGGCUGCACCAGUUUCUAGAGGAAGAAGAGCAGAGCCGGAUCAGCGCUCUGAGGGAGGAAGAGCAGCAGAAGAGGAGGAGCCUGGAGGACAAGAUGGCAGCUGUGAACCGAGAUAUGGAGGCUCUGUCUGAGACAAUCACAGCCACAAAGAAGCACAUGGCCUCAGCAGAUGUUUCCUUCCUGCUGCAGUAUAAGGCUGCACUGGAGAGAGUGAAAUGCUGCCCCCCAGUGGUAGGACCAGAGCUGGGACCGGGAGCUCUGAUAGACCAGGCCAAACAUGUACGCAACCUGGGAUUCAACAUCUGGAAGAACAUGAAAGACCUGUUCCAGUUCUACCCUGUUGUUCUUGAUCCAAACACUGGUCAUCCAGAACUCAGUCUGACUGGGGACUUGACGAAUGUAAAAUAUGGAGAAAGACAAAAGUUUCCAGAGAAUCCAGAGCGGUUUGGGUGGCACAGAGUCCUGGGAUCAGAAGGGUUCAGCUCAGGGACUCACAGUUGGGACGUGGAGGUUUCAGGUGAUGAUUAUUGGUCUGUGGGCGUGGUCAGCGAGUCGGUACAGAGGAAGGCACCGAUGAACACAGGAGUUUGGGAAAUACGUUUUCACGAUGGACAAUAUCAUGCCGUCUGUCGACCGAAACAGGACAAGACACUUAGUUUGGAGAAGAAUCUACAGAGAAUCCGAGUGAAACUGGACUUUGACAAAGGACAAUUGUCGUUUUCUGAUGCGGACACAGAGGAACAAUUACAUGUCGUUACAAAGUCUUUCUCUGAGAAGCUGUUUCCUUGUUUCUCCACAAUCAACAACAGGCCACUGCAGAUUAUACCAAAGACUAUCUCUGUGAAAAUUAAAUAA